ACUACUUUCUUGGCCUGAGCUGAGCAAGUAAAAUCAAGAUGACGGAGCAACACACCAAUAACUGCAUCACAGUUUCAUCGCUAUUUUCAGUGUCUCUUUUGUCGGUGAUCAAACAGUUGCCAUGUUUUCUAUCUCAACUUGACAACCUUCCAAUCAACGUCAAAGAUAAUCUCCUUCAUCUGAUGUCCAAGAGAGGUCUACUUACAGACACCAAUGUAGCAAAGGUUAUCCACAAAAGGACGAGGAUCCUUGAUCUGAGCGAGUCAUCUGUGAGUGACAGGGCUCUCCUGAGACUAGGAGUCUGCAGAAACCUGAGGAAGAUUGAUCUCAAUACAUCUAAAGGAGAGAGGACUGACAUUACAGAUCAAGGGAUCCAAGCCUUGGCUACAUCCUGCCCAUAUCUGAGUAUUGUUUAUCUGCGUCGGUGUGUUAGCCUUGAAGACCCGUCUACCAUAGCCUUAGCUCAGUCUUGCCAUCAGCUCAUGGAACUCAACCUCGGAGGCUGUAUCAGAUUGACCGAUGCCUCUCUACAAGCCAUUGGACAGAACUGCAGAAUGCUCAAGAGUCUGAAUAUCUCCAGAACUAAGGUAACUGACGAGGGUAUUUUCAGCCUGUGUAAUGGUGUAUGUAAACAAUCAUUGAAAGAGCUUCACUUGAAUAACUGCAUCCAUCUCUCAGAUGAAGCCGUCGAGGCAGUGGUCAACUUCUGCCCCAAGAUUGCUAUUCUUCUCUUCCAUGGAUGCCCAUGUAUUACAGAUAGGUCAAGACAAGCCUUAGAGAUGAUACAAGGACCUGGAUCCAAGAUGAAACAGGUCACAUGGACCAUCUACUGAUCUCAUCAUGUGAUUAGUCAUGUGACUCAUCAUGCGACUGGCUUUUAGAUGAAACAGGUCACAUGGACCAUCGUGGGAUCUCACUGUCAUAUGAUUUGCAAUGUGACCUGCCGUAGAUAUGAUUCACGGAACUCUAAAAUGACCAAGUUAUACGGACCAUUUACUGAUCUCAGAUCGGAUUAUGAUAUGUUGCUGAUGAUGCUUGUAAAUCCAGGAGACCUACACCUGAAUCAUAUCUGUGGGACUAUCACUAGGUUAAUGAGUAUACCGUUAGAGUCAUACCCAAUGGCACUUGCAGACUAACUGAAAAUCAAUUAUGUGUUAAUCUUCUUCCACGGUUAUCACAGAUUAUCCAACUGAGUGCCGACAGUAUCCAAGAAGAAAUAUGCUUACUUUUGUACAUUUUAUUUGUGUUCCAUACUAACCUUGAUGUUUUGUUGUGAGACUUGCCAUAUUCUACUUACCGGUACAUGUAAAAACUUCAUAUUUUGACAUAUAUACUGCUGCUUCAUUUUUUAAUUUUUGUUUAGUUAUGUGUGUGUGAGUGUGCUAUAUUGAUAUAUUUAAAGUGUUAUUAUGGUUUGGUUCUGAGCUGUUUCUUUUUGAUGGAUCUUGCGACCCAAAUGGUAGUGUUCCACCAAUAAUGAAUGUGCUGGCCGAUUAAUGUACCAGUCCAUUGAUUUUAUCGAUGAAUUAUAAGAUGGAAUAAGGUUACUAUUAAUAAUAAUAAUAAUAGAGUAUAUUUAUGAAGCGCAUAAGAAAUUGUAAAUUUCUCUAUGCGCUUUACAGUUUUGUACAAUCAUAACAAAUUUGAAUAUAUAAACAACAUUAAAACAACAAUAAAUAACGAAAUAGUAUUGAUGUAAUAUACAAGACAAGAAGGUUUAUACAUGGGGAUGAAAUACUGCCAAAACAUGUAUGAUGUUUGUAUGCCUCCGCUAAAAAAGUAGCCAGAGGCAUUAUGUUUUCGGGUUGUCCGUCCAUAAUCACGAUAUUCUGAGAACCUUUUAAUGGAUUGCAAUCAAACUUGAAUUCUAAAAAUUGCUUCUGUUUUGGUGUGUAAAAUUACUCCAUGGCAGAGGUAGCAAACCCAAUAUUUUUCAUUUGCUACACUGCACCGAUGUUUUACUUUCCCUUCUUAAAAAUCAAAUGCCAGUGUGCAAUGUUUCCACCACAGAUGAUGCCUAGAAGCGGGACUACCAGUGUCUUUGCUUAAU